AAAGAGAAAACCUAAAGACUGCCCCUUUUUUAUUUUAUUUUUCCCACACCGAAUCAUCUCAUCUCCCUAUAUCUCCGACGUCCUUCAUCUUCAUUCUCCGGUCAACACUCCGACCAGGUUUUUGACUGAGAGUCUCAGGCCAAAAUUAAAAAAAAAAAACAUUCACCACGAGUAUUUUAUUUUCGUGCUGCAAUUUCGAGAGAGUGGUGUAUUAAAGGAUUCGAUCGCCAUUGCUGAAUUUUCAAAACCUCUCAUAUAUAUAUUUUUUUAUUAUUAUUAAUUUAAUCCCUCCCUGUAACUUGAAGAAGUGUGAGCUUCGUUCAAUUGAGAUCUUCUUCUGGGUCGUUGCUGAUGUUGUCCCUUUAAUUAAAAAACUUGAGAUUCCUUCCUUCUUCUCUUAUUUUUUUUUAACUGAAGCAAGAUCUGGGUUCUAGUCAGGUUGAAGAUCGUGGCUUUACUUUAAACAAAAAAAGAAAAAAAAAUCUGGGUUUCUCGAGGUGUGAUUAAUGCACACUGUGUUUGUGUUUGUGUGGAGAUUACAUUUUCUCUGAGUGUUAUUAGCAGUCAUAAUUAAAAAAGCUUAAGCAUUUGUUUAUUGUUUUUAAUUUUCCUUUAAGUUGAAGAAGCUGUGGUUUAGUUUUUACCUACACCCUUUUAAGUGUUCGAUGAAAUUCCUCUGAGAGUGUUUUUGGGGAACUGUGAGAGUUGUGGGUUUGGUGGGUGGGUGUGGUGAUUUAGAGAAUUAAAGAAAAAAAUGUGUAAAAUGGAGAAGUUUCUUUACCACAGGAAACUUUGGGAGAUGAAUGUUAAGCUUUUAGGUGAGAGCAAAGUUGAGAAACUCAAGAACUCUUUUGUUUCGAGGCCUCGUAUGAGCUUAUGGAUGAUUCGUGCUGUUACUGUCUUGUUGCUUUGGAGCUGUUUCGUUCAUUUGAUGGCUUUGGGUGAGAUGUGGGGACCUCGAUUGUUUAAAGGUUGGCCUUCUUGUUUCAAUCACAAUGGUUUGUCUUCGUCUUCUCCCGUAGAUAUGACGUCUCUCCCCACUAAAAUUGCCCUUCCUCCUAAAAGGGUAUAUGUGAAUAAUGGUUAUCUUAUGGUUUCCUGCAAUGGAGGACUCAAUCAAAUGCGAGCUGCGAUAUGUGAUAUGGUAACUAUUGCAAGAUACAUGAAUGUCACACUAAUUGUGCCGGAGCUUGACAAGACCUCCUUUUGGAACGAUCCAAGUGAGUUUAAAGAUAUAUUCGAUUUGGAUCACUUCAUAAGUUCGUUAAGAGAUGAAGUUCGGAUACUCAAAGAGUUACCUCCAAGGCUUAAGAAAAGGGUUGAGCUUGGAGUGUACCACGAAAUGCCUCCUAUUAGUUGGUCAAACAUGUCUUACUACCAAAAUCAGAUUCUUCCACUGGUGAAGAAACAUAAGGUCUUACAUCUGAACAGAACGGAUACUCGACUUGCUAAUAAUGAACUGCCUGUGGAGGUUCAGAAGCUGAGGUGCCGAGUAAAUUUCAACGGGCUUAAGUUUACUCCUCAGAUUGAGGAAUUGGGUAGACGAGUAGUCAAGAUUCUGAGAGAGAAAGGUCCCUUUCUCGUCCUGCAUCUCAGAUAUGAAAUGGACAUGUUAGCAUUUUCCGGUUGCUCACAUGGUUGCAACCCUGAGGAAGAAGAAGAACUAACAAGAAUGAGAUAUGCUUAUCCAUGGUGGAAAGAGAAAGUUAUAAACUCUGAGCUGAAGAGGAAAGAUGGCCUUUGCCCUUUAACUCCUGAGGAAACUGCUCUCACGUUGACCGCGUUGGGUAUUGACCGAAAUGUUCAAAUUUACAUAGCUGCUGGAGAAAUCUAUGGUGGUCAAAGGCGGAUGAAGGCCUUAACAGAUGCUUUUCCAAAUGUGGUCCGGAAAGAAACCCUACUCGAACCCUCUGAUCUGGAUUUUUGCCGGAACCAUUCAUCUCAAAUGGCUGCACUUGAUUACCUAGUGGCUCUUGAGAGUGAUAUAUUUGUUCCAACUAACGAUGGCAACAUGGCAAGAGUCGUUGAAGGUCAUCGCAGAUUCUUGGGGUUCAAGAAAACAAUUCAGCUGAAUAGAAAGUUCCUAGUUAAGCUGAUAGAUGAGUAUACUGAAGGAUUGUUGAGUUGGGAUGUAUUUUCAUCCUCGGUGAAGGCGUUUCACUCUACUCGAAUGGGAAGCCCAAAGAGACGGUUAGUGAUUCCCAAUAGACCAAAGGAAGAAGACUACUUCUAUGCCAACCCGCAUGAAUGUUUGCAGCUGUUAGAUGAACCAUUGAGAGUCAUUUGAGGGAUGUGACUUCACCAUUGGGGAGAGAACAGCCGAAAUAUCGGGUCUAAAGCUCUAAUUUACUACAGUCUGAAAGAUGAAUUUACAGUGGGUUUUACAGAUUGAAGUUAUUUAGGGUUCUUGGUGCAGAGAUUUCUGAAAGAGCUUUCAUGGAUGAACCAGAAGAAAUGAUUAUUGAAGCUUACAUUGUAAAGUUUGGCAUCCAUGGCCUUGCCAGUUUUGUUAGCUAAAUAAAAAGCGCCAUUUUGUGUAAUUAAACUUUGGUUACAGUUAAAGAUAUAUAUAUUUCAGGUUAUUUA